AUGACUCCUAUAAGAUUUGUACGUUCACCAGAUGGCUUAACAUUAAGAGCACGUCCAACACUUGUGUCUCUUCAGAGUCAUAUGCCAUCUGUUAACACUUCCAACACAUAUCAAGGUGCAAAGAUAACAAAUGUCACAAUUAGCCAAGGAUCCCAAAUUCAACAACCUCAGCAGAUUCAACGAUUAACAUUCCAACAAUUAACUCCUCAACAGCAACAGUUGCUUUUACAGAGGAAGCUCACCCAAAAAGCCAUACUUAUAUCUCAGCAACAACAAGAAUUAAAUAAUUCUGCCAAUCAAGACCCUCUAGCAGUCCAACAACGACAAAUGCAAUUAGCUCAACAUAGACAAAUGUUAUUACAGCAAAUUGAUCAAAUUCAAAAACAAAUGAAUGAUGGGCAGAAUCAGCAACAAAGACAAAUACUUGUUCAGCAAGCUGUUCCUGGAAAUCAAGAUAGUAAAGCAGAACUGUCUUCUCAACAAAGACAGCAAAUAGUUAUUCAAAGACAAAACAUAAUAUUACAACAGCAACAACAGUUUCAACAGUUACAACAACAAAAUCAACAGCAGCAACAGCAACAACAACAACAGCAGCAGCAACAACAACAGCAGCAGCAGCAACAACAACAACAGCAGCAGCAGCAACAGCAACAAAAUACUGGACAAACUAAUAUGACCCAACAGCAAAAAUUAUUUCAACAUCAACAAUUACAGUUACAGAUAGCUAAGCAGCAGCAUAUCAUGGCACAGCAUAAUGCUCAAAUUCAACAAAAACUAGUUCAACGUUCACCCCAGCAACAAAAUGUAAUCCAGUCUCAACUUUCUCCUCAGCAACAACAAUCAGUAUUGUUACAGCAAACUAUUAAACAAGAACCCGGAGAAAUUGUUAAUCCAAAUAUUAUUCGCCAACAACAGCAACAGCAACAGCAAAUUUUAUUACAGCGCCAGCAACAAACAAGAUUUCUACAACAACAACUUAUAUCACAAGGCAAAGUCACUAGACAAAUGGUUCAAUCCCAACAACAGUCUCCAAUUCCUCCUCAAAGUCCAAAUCAACCACCCUUAUCUCCAAUGCCUCCACAAAGUCCUAUCUCCAACAAUCAACAAUACUGUCAACCAAGUAGUCCAAUGAUAUCAACUCAGUCUCCAAUACUAUCACAGAGUCCUCAGCAAUUUUCACAACCAGGGCAAUCACCUAACCCAGUUCAAUUUACUCCUAAUUCACCAAUGCCUUCUCAAAGCCCUAGGCAAACUCAAUUUGUACAACCAACAUCACCAUUAAUGCCUCAAAGUCCUAUGGUACAAGGAUAUACUCAUCCCCCAGCAACCUCACCGUUUGGACAACCUCCCAGCUCACCAAGUCCCAGACCGUCUCAGAGUCCGAGAAAUAGCUUAGGCCCUCCAAGUUCUCCAAUGAGUCCUAUGCAGCAAAACCCAUAUAUCAGACCAACAACGAGUCCUAUGCCUGCUAGACGACCAAAUGUCGGCAGUAGUCCAUUAAUGCCAGAUCAACAAGAAAACAGGGAAGAAAAUAAUGUACCACCAGAAGGAUAUCAGUAUGCAAAAUUAGGACUUCGCGGAGGCAGGCAUUAUUGCUUACCUCCUAAAGGAUUUAAGUACACAAAAUUAGGUCUUAAGGGUGGAGCACCUAUGUGGAGUACUGGGAGGCAAUUUGUUAGUAAAGAUGCUCAAGAUGAGGUAAAAAGAAGUGUAUUCAAAAGUAAUGACAUGCCACUAAGUGCAAUACCAGUAUCUAAAGUUUCAUCAUUAGUAUCAUUGGAGUAUGGAGAUUCAGAUGAUGAGGGUUCAAGAACACCUCCUGUACCUUCGCCACAACCACCUCCGAUCCAAAUAUCCAAACAAAAAGAAGCUCCAGAAGGAAUUAAUACAGAUCCAAUGAUUAUUUCCACUUCUCCUAAAAAUGAAGAUAGUCGAAAUUUACCGGUUUACAAAGACGUAAAUUUAUCAGAAAAUUGUAAAAAAGAUGGCAUUGAAGAAUUAGAUGAUUUACAAAUGAUUUCAACUAUACACAAUAUAAACAUAGAUCCUGGCCAGAUAUCAUUAAAUUCUAGUAGAGUUGGGGAAGAAUUAUUAGAUAUGGAUAGAGAAAUUAAUUCACCUAGUCUGAUGUUGAAUGAAAAUGAUGAUAGUAUUCUUGGUGGUCUUCCAAAAGACGAAGCCUCCGAAAUGGAUAGACUAAUGUUUUUUGAUGAACUUGGUGAUAGCAUAAAAUGUGAUCAGGAGGAAAAAAGUGGAUCACCGGAGAAAUCUGUUUUCAAUCUGGACAAACUAUUAAAUGAUCCAGAACCACAUAUAGAACAAAAAGAAGAGUUUAAACCUGAGGUUAUUCAACAAGAAAACAAUUUAGUAGAAUUAAGCCAASAUAACGAAGAAGAAAAUAUUGAUAAUGUUAUUCAAAGCUAUUCAUUUCAUUCUUAUGCAAAAGUUCCGAAACCAGCGCCAUCACCCAAAAAAGAAAAUCGUUUGGUAUCUAUUUUGAAAACCGAUCAAUCAGAUGACCUAAAAAAAGUGACUAGUCUACUUCGAUCUCAUCCAUCUACCCAAAGUAAAAAUAUCAUUAUUUUAAACCCUUCAUCAGAUACAUUAAAAGAUCAACAAGUUAAACAAAAUUUACUAUUAGCAAAGGCAGACAACCUUAUGCAUUCAGAUUUAGCUCAAAUCUUAAGUAAUAUAAUGUCUCCCAAACAAAAAGAUAGUUUCAUUAAAAUUGAAACAUCAAAAUCAGAUGAGCACACAAAACUUUCAACUAUAGUCUUACCAGCCCGUACAACAUCAGUUGUGCAGAAUCCUCCAAAAUAUACUUGGGAUCCAUCAGCAGCAUUUACUACUGCAUCUUCGACUUCAUAUGCUAAAUCAAUUCAAAUAAUAUCAAGAGCUGAAGAUAAAGAACUAAAAAACACCUCUCAAUUAUCAUGUAUGAUAAAUAUACCCAAGCAAGAACCACGCACACCUAAGGUUAUUGAGGAAUCUCAGAAUGUAUUACUUAAACAACUUCUUCAAAACACUGCAUGUGCUAAUCAAACUCCAACUACUACAACUGCUCUAAGUUUGCCAAUUAUACCUUCUCUCGAAGCUCAACUUGCAAGGCCUGUUUCACCUACACCACCUUUAUUAUUUCCUUCGUUACUUUCACCAAAAAAAGAUGAUAAAUUUGAAUCUCAACAUCAAUUACUAAAACCUUUAAAAUUAGAUAUUGAACCUAUGGUACAAAGACCAGAGUCUCAACUUCAGGUGCUUCAAAAGCCCGAACCUCUAGUUCAGGUACAAAAAUCUGAACCAAAAUCUCAAGUUCUAAAACUUGAGCCACAGUCUUCUCCUAAACCUGUAGUUAUUCUACAGCGGUCUGAUAUCCAAACACCAGUUACCCAAAAUUCACCUACACCAACACCAACACCAACACCACCACCACCACCACCACCACCACCACAACCUUCACAACCUCAACCAUCUUUGCUGCAAGUACAACCAGAAUCACAGCUACAACCACAACUUCAACAACAGCUACAACCACAGUCUCAAACACAAUCAACUCGACAAAUAGCUUCAACUGAUUCAAUAAUGGAGUCUAUUAACUCAGCAAUUAAACAAGAGCGUUUGAAAGAAGAAAGUAAAAAUGAAGUUCAGUUGCCUGUAACUACAUCGGCUGGAUUUAGCCCUGAAAGAGAAGUAAAAAGAGAAAUCAUGUCAUCUGAUGAAUUAAUAUCACCUCAAAAUUCUACUAGAAUAGUAGAUCCAGCAGAUAUGAAUAAUUCAAUACACAUGUCAAUAGACAUGAAUGCUGAUACUCAAGACCAAAAGAAAAAUAAACGCAGGCAGUAUUAUGCUAAACGGAGGCAAAGUCAAGGUAAAGAUGUAAGUUCUACAGUCAUACCAAAAAAACGGCAUCGAAAGGGUUCUAAACCGGAAGAAGAUUAUGAUUCUUUCAUUGAUGCACUUAUGUCACAGUUACGACAGCUUCAGCCAAUGAGUGUUAUUGAACCAUCUUUAAACCAAAAUUUAACAGCUUGUCCAUUGUUUGGCCUAGGAGAUGUAUUAUCUCAACAAAAUUUUAAAAGCGGUGACUUAAAAGGUAAAGUCGGUUCAUGUAAUCUACCAGGUGAGAGUGAUUAUUACAACACAAAACCUUUUGGUGAUUUGGAACCUGUCUCGCCAUUACCUCAACCAUCCACUCAAAGAGGUUUUUACAAUGAAGAGUUUGACCCUCUAAAAUUUGAAUCUGAUAAUGAUGAAAAGAAGUUUGAUAUCGGACGUGACCGUGAUGAUACUCCAGACACUGUAAUGAGCUCUUCUUCACCAGAAUUGGCAGUAUGUCGAACUCCAACCCAUUUCCCUGGGCUUAAAAAUUAUGAUGAUGACAGCGAUUCUACAGAUACAUUGUUAAAUUUCACCCGAUACAUGUCUCCAGUUCAUCAACUUGUUGCCCCACUAGCUUUGAAACCUCGCCCCAGCUAUAAAAUCAAUACAGAAGAAGACAAAGAAAAUCAAGGCACGAGACAAGGAAUGUUAUCUCAAGUUGGUAAAACACCUCCACGAAGUUCGCCUGCAUUACCAUUACGGGAUUCCAAUACAAUGACUGUUACAUUAACUAUAACUUCAGAUGCAGCUGAAGAUAUUAUGGGGGUCCUUCAAGGCUUAGCUAAUUUACUCGAUUUACCUGAUAUUCCUAAUUAUAAAGUUACUGAAAAAACUGUUACACCAAUGUCGCAUAAAUUAGGACUGUACAGAUCUAAAACCAAAGAUGGAAAAGAAGGAGCUCCAAUAGAUAUUCAAACUAUAUUAAAUGGCUUUGCUAAAUUUUGUCGUCAUUGUGAUUUAGUUAUUUUAAAUAACUUAGUAAAAAAGAAAGCAAGUGAAAUUCCCUUCUUAACUGUUGAAGAUUGUGCAGAUGAAAUAUUUUUCUGUAGUACGAUGUGCUUUCAAACUUUUGCUUCACUUUUACGUCCACCAGCUGAAUCUAAAGAUAAAGCAACAACCAAUGUUAAUCAUUUAUCUGAAAGUUCACCGCCAAAGCGUUUGAAAGUAGACCCAGAAACUAGUCCAGUAUCUAAAGAAACUGAUGUUAUUGAAAAAAUGGACAUUGAUGACACUUCACAAAACAUAGAGGAAACAAAACCUGAACCGACUGUUGAAGAAGCAAAAACUUUGAAUAAGAGUAAUAUUUACCGAUAUUGGAAUACAAACAGUGUUCCAGCUCCGCUCACUAAGCAUAAAAAAUCUACUGAUAAAGAUCUAAUGGAGAUGUUGUUUCGUAUGGGAAUCACUGUUACAUCACCAAAAUUACCAGAAGACAAACGUUUGUGUUUGUUUUGUCAUCAGUUUGGUGAUGGUGUUUCAGAUGGUCCCUCUAGAUUAUUAAACUUUGAUGUUGAUAAAUGGGUACAUUUAAACUGUGCGUUAUKGUCAGAAGAUGUUUAUGAAACUGUUAAUGGAGCUCUGAUGAAAGUUGACAUUGCAUUACGGCAAUCUCUCAGUGUGGAAUGUAUAGUAUGCCAGAGGCCUGGUGCAACACUCAAAUGUUACAAGCUAAGAUGUUCCACUAAUUAUCAUUUACCAUGUGCUGUCAAAGACGACGCUGUGUUCUAUAAAAAUAAGACUUUGUACUGCAGCGGCCAUGCUCCAAAGAGUGACAAGGAAAAUGAGCUAACCACAUUGUCUGUACAUCGACGUGUUUACAUUAAUAGAGAUGAGAAUCGACAAGUUGCUGCUGUUAUGCAUCAUUCAAGUUCUCAUCAGUUUCUGUUGCGUGUUGGUAGCCUUACACUUCUCAAUAUAGGUCAAUUAUUGCCUCAUCAAUUGGCUGCAUUUCAUACUCCAACUUCUAUUUAUCCAAUUGGAUUUAAAGUGGUCCGUUUGUUUUGGAGUAUGCGAGUACCUAACAAGCGUUGUAAAUAUAUUUGUUCUAUUCAUGAAGUAAAUGCACGGCCUGAGUUUAGAAUUAUUGUACAAGAAGUGGAUAAUGAAGAUCUAGAGCUUAAAGAUUCUAGUCCAAGAGCAGUUUGGUCAAAAGUUUUAUCGGCUAUUGCUAGUUUGAGAACUACAAACAACUUGUUAAAAUUACAUCCACAGCAUGUGAGUGGUGACAGUUUAUUUGGACUAACUGAACCAGCCAUUGUCCGUGUCUUGGAGAGUUUACCUGGUAUCGAGACUCAAUCUGAUUACCGUUUCCGUUAUGGUCGUAAUCCUCUUCUAGAACUUCCUUUAGCUAUCAACCCUAGUGGAUGUGCUCGUUGUGAGGGACGUAGACGAUUAGUUCUUCCUGGGAAGUUACGAUCACACAUACCUAGAUCAUUUACAUCAUCUCAUGGUUCAUCAUUAUUGAGUCAGCUAGAUUUAUCAGCUCCCCCUACUUGUCCUUAUUCUAAACAUUUUGUUCAUUCUAAAUCCUCGCAAUAUAAAAAAAUGAAACAGGAAUGGAGGAACAAUGUGUACUUAGCCAGGUCUAAAAUUCAAGGUUUGGGACUGUAUGCUGCUAGAGAUUUAGAAAAGCAUACUAUGGUUAUUGAAUACAUUGGAGAAAUUAUCAGAUCACAGUUGUGUGAUUACAGAGAGAAACUUUAUGAGGCUAAGAAUCGCGGUAUAUACAUGUUCCGUCUGGAUGAUGAUCGGGUGGUCGAUGCUACUAUAAGUGGAGGUCUAGCUCGUUAUAUUAAUCACUCGUGUAAUCCUAACUGUGUUACCGAAAAAGUGGAAGUAGACAGAGAGCUUCGAAUUAUAAUAUUUGCUAAGCGAAGGAUUGCCAGAGGGGAAGAGCUUGCGUAUGACUACCAGUUUGAUAUUGAAGAUGAUCAACACAAGAUUCCAUGCAACUGUGGUGCUCCCAACUGUCGCAAAUGGAUGAACUGAUACAGUUGUAGCCAUAUAAGUAUUUUUACCAUUUUUAUAAAUUUUUAAUUUACUUUUAACAAUUGUCGUGUCAGACAAGAUAAUUUAUAAUAAUAAUAUUAAUAAUUGUUAUGUUGCCCAUAUUAAACUGUACACAAUUUCUGUGAUAGGAUCAAAUUUUACACAUAAUAUAUAUUAUUUAUAUAUUAAAUAUAUUUAUAAAUAUAUAUUAGCACGUAACUAAAUAAAAACUAAUGUAAAUAAUUGUGCACAGUAGAUAACAGCACACUAUUUUUGUAAUUAUUUUUAAAGUAAUAUUUGAGUAUGAUGUGUAAAUUUAUUUACCAUAUAAAAUUAUUGUAUGAUAAUAUAUAUUAAUUGUAAAUUAUCGUUAGGACAAAAACAACAACAAACAAUAUGAUCUCUUUGCAUGAGAUAAGACUUGAUAUCGUAAGUUUCUGUUGGUGUUUGUAAAAAAAAAAAAAUGUAACAAAAAAAAAA